CCGUGACCGUGGGCCCACGAUGGGGUUUCGGGUGCGACUCAAAGACUGUGGGAUUCCGUCUCCGCGUCUCUUCCCCCAUUAUUCUCAUCCUUCAUGCGAUUUUCUGCAGCUGUGUCAACUUCGAACAACACCAUGAUUACCCGAUUUGGGCUACCCAUAGCGGGAGCCGUCCUUCUCGCGACUCUAGUUCCCGUCGAAGCCAUCAAGGUGCCAACCAGCUGCUACGUGCCGAACGGCGACCCUCGGACCAACCACAGGCCAUGCUACACCGACACCGCCGAUGGUCACAGUCACUGUUGUGAUCCUAUCAACGAAGUCUGCUUGGACAAUGGACUCUGCUUUUCUCAAGGGCCGACGAACCCAGGAUAUCUCUACCGCGACUCUUGCACAGACAAGGGUUGGACAGCCUCUUCUUGCCCAGGGCCAUGUCGCAAAACAUACACCAACUCCGCCUGCCCCAUCGUCGGCAUUCUCGACCCCAGCCAGGACUCCUCGUUCUGCUGCCUGAGCUUCAACGCCACCGCAAACGCCUGCUACGGCGAAGUCGCCGCUUUCAACGUAGGCAAAGUCAUCCCCAACUGGGGCCCUCUGGAGGCAGCCGCAUCCUCUAGCACCGCUUCCGGGACCCAAUCUACCGCAUCGCCAACUUCUGCGACGUCAGCACCGGCCGCAGCCACGGUGACAGUAGUAAAGUCGAACUCGAGCAGCGGGCACGACGCGGCGAUCGGAGCGGGAGUUGGCGUCCCGCUGGGUAUCUUGCUCGUGGCGAGCUUGGCGGGCUUGCUGUUCCAGCACCGCAGGCACAAGAAGCAGCUCGCGCAGUGGCAGCAGAGCGGGAACGUGGCGGGCGUGGCCCACCAGGAGGGUGGUGUGGCGUAUCCUUUGCAAGAUCCGAAAACGACGUAUCAGCCUGCGGCUGCAUAUCAAACGCCGCCACAACCGCAACCGCAACCGCAACCGCAACCGGCUUAUGAGAUGCCUAAUGUGGAACGGACAGAGCUGGCGUAGAGUCAGCGUGUGAAUAUCGCAUCUUCAAAAAUUGUCUUGGGGCGAAAGUGAAUGGUUUGAGGAGGAGAUGGAUUGAGACCGUGUGUUAUGCGGUUUUACUCGGUCUUGAGGUUAGAGAGACACUUCAACUUAGGUUGAUCAUUUUUGUGCAUAUAUGUACACAGCGAGGAGUUGGGUUCAGGAUCUUCGUCAGGAGAACCGUCUUUUCAUACAUAUUUUUUUAAUAUCGAUACUUAAUUUCCUAUAUCAUUCCCUCAGUCUUUCGUUAUGUCCUCGGUGCGCAACAUAGAGCAAGAAGCGACAGCUUCGUCUUUCAUUGCCUCUGAUGUCGCAAUCAACCUCCUCAAGUACGCAUAUUCUGGCCUUUUGCGACCUGGCAUCUAUGCUUCCAUAGCGAAAUGGCUACUGUACUUGUAAACCCGUAGCGAGGCUUCGAAGAGGCCGAAAGUCACAUCAUGAUGUAG